AUGGGUGCACAAGAGGAGGCCUACCAGAGCGAAAAGAUACCCAGUGCUGCCCAAGAUGAGGGGAGGGACCCGAAUGAACAGGCGCCGGUCGAUGGCGGCGAGACGGCCCACGAUGCGGGCGACGCACGGGAUGGGGAGCGGAAGGGCGGGGCCGGCAACGGGGAAUGGGGUGCCGGGUUCAGCGGCCGGGCUGUGAGGGUGUACGCGGACGGGAUUUUCGACUUGUUCCAUUUCGGACACGCCCGAGCCCUCGAGCAGGCGAAGAAGCUAUUCCCUCGGACGCACUUGAUCGUUGGAUGCUGCAGUGACAAGAUGACACACAAGUACAAAGGGAAGACAGUAAUGACUGAGGCAGAGAGAUAUGAGGCUCUGAGGCAUUGCAGGUGGGUCGAUCAGAUUGUGAAAGACGCUCCCUGGGUUGUUACCCCUGAAUUCAUUGAGAAGUACAAGAUCGACUAUGUGGCACACGACGACCUGCCCUAUGGGGAUGCCAGUGGUCAAGCAAACGACGUCUACGAAUUUGUAAAGAAGGCUGGCAAAUUCAAAGCCACACAGCGGACAAAUGGCGUCUCAACAUCGGAUCUUAUUUUGAGGAUUAUUCGAGACUACAAUGAGUAUGUGCUAAGAAACCUAAACAAGGGCUAUUCCCGGAAAGAGAUGAACGUCAGUCUUUUCAGGAUGCAGCGCAUUCGCGCCUCCCACAACUUGAAGGCAUUUCGCCAGCACUUUCGCGAACAGCGCCUCAUGCUGUCUAACCGCCUGGAGAAGCGCCUGAGGCUGCUCAACCAGGAGCUUUUCGACAGAAAGGCGAGGCAGCUGCUGGCGGACCGCCUGCGCCAAAACGGAGACGAGUUCGUGCAGAACCUGGAGACGGUCGUGAGCAAGGUCAUCAAGGGAGACUACAGCCGGGGGAUCCAUGUGGCCACGAUGCAGUUCGCCUUCAGCCUGGAUCGCCUCGUCAGCGGCUUUAUUCGCUCUUUCGAACAGGGAUAUUCGAAUUUUGAGACGGCGAUCAGGCAGACUGUGGAGUAUGGCUUCCGCCGCAACAGUAGGCGGAAGAGGACGAGAGCGAGGGCCAGUUGA